CCAUAUUCCAUAAACACACGCAUCUCUAUGCUGCCAGUGGGCUGGUGCGGUAAACGCCCUGUGAGAGAUUCCCGAGAGGUGGUGUCAUUUUUUUUUUAAGGACUGGAACUUCUAGAAGAUUCUAUUUAUAUUAGAUAGCUGCAAUAGCUCAACAAUAACUCAGCCCUUGUACCCGAGAGAGGCGUUCGGGAAUCAUAUGACCUGCUGCCGCUCAUCCCAAAGAUAACCGACUGUUGACCGCAGCUUUCUCGCUCCUUCAAAAAAAAAAAAAAAAAAACACUCUUCGAGCGUGCCGCACCGGACCCCGCGCAUUAGAAAACAAGACGUUUGGAGGAUGUACUACAACACCGCGCAACGGCAGAAAUAACUUGGAUAUUGGGAUAAGAGACACCGCUCUUCGUUCUGUAAAGGGUUUUACAGUUGAAAACGGGACACUGACAGAGCGACAAUGCCAGAAGAAAAAGUGUUUCAUCAGCAGGCUGUCCACAGCCCUCUGGAGCAGGGGAAGCAGGGGGGCAGCAGCAGCAGCAGUUCCAUCCCCUGUCAGAACUGUGGCAAGGCCUGCAAGGGAGAGGUGCUGCGCGUGCAGAAUAAACACUUCCACAUCAAGUGCUUUGUCUGCAAAGUGUGUGGCGUUGACCUGGCCCAGGGGGGGUUCUUUGUGCGCCAGGGGGAGUACAUCUGCACCCUGGACUACCAGCGGAUGUACGGCACGCGCUGCUUCAGCUGUGAGGAGUUCAUCGAGGGAGAGGUGGUGUCGGCCCUGGGCAAGACCUACCACCCACGCUGCUUCGUCUGCGCCAGCUGCAAACAGCCGUUCCCUGCCGGUGACCGCGUGACGUUUAACGGUAAAGAGUGUAUCUGCCAAAACUGUACACAGCCCCUGCCUGCCAACAGCCCUGCUCCCAUACAGGCUGUCCACAACUGCUGUGGCUGUGGGAAGGAGUUUAAGAACGAGCAGUCCCUGGUAGCGCUGGACAAACACUGGCACCUGGGCUGCUUCAAGUGUAAGGUGUGCAACAAGGUGCUCAACGCCGAGUACAUCAGCAAGGAUGGGAUCCCCUACUGCGAGGUGGACUACCAUGCCAUGUACGGCAUCCAGUGUGACAGCUGCAAGAAAUACAUCACUGGGAAAGUACUGGAGGCUGGGGAGAAACACUACCACCCCUCAUGUGCCCGCUGUGCCAGGUGUGAGCAGAUGUUUGGCGAAGGAGAGGAGAUGUACCUGCAAGGUAACUCCAUCUGGCAUCCUCCCUGCAGACAGGCAACCAGACAGGAGGAGAAGAGUAAGGUGACCAGGACCUCCUCUGAGAGCAUCACCUCUGUCCCAGCCUCCAGUGCGUCUGGCUCUCCCAGCAGGGUCAUCUACGCCAAACUAGGAGAUGAGACGCUGGAUUACAAAGACCUCGCUGCACUGCCAAAGAUCAAGGCCAUCUACAACAUCGACCGGCCCGACAUGCUCUCCUACGCUCCUUAUGUCAGCUACCCCUCAGAGGAACGACACUACGGAGAGGGCGACGGAGAGAAGUCUCCCCGUCAGAGGAGGCCCUCUAGCCCCAGCUCCACCAGCUCCCUGGGGAGGUAUGGAGGGUACACCCCGUCCCGCUCCCCCCAGAACUACAGCAGGCCGGAGGAUCUUUAUAUGGUCAGUAAAGCAAUGGGUAAUAGAUACAAUGGCCAGCCCCUUGACUUCAGCUCCCUCCCCCGCCCCUCGGCCUACACGGGGGGGCCUAAGUACCUCUCCCCCUUGGCUAGGGACUUCUCCUCCCUCCCCAUGCACUACUCAGAGGGCCUACCCCCCAAGUACCCUGGGGCGCUGCAAACGCCUGGGGGGAUGACAGUGCCUGGCAGAAUCUCUCCCAGGGGAAGAGUCUCUCCUGGAGGCAGAAACUCUCCUCUGCCCCUCAACCCCACCACCCUGGCCAUGCUCCAGCAGCACAACUAUGUGCCCUACUUCAGAGGCCUCAAACAGGACCCCCUACUACCACCUGAAUCUAAACCUAAGACGUUCCUGCAUCUCAAUUUACCUCCUCACAGUCACGGUAGUGAAAGUGGUCGGAGUACACCCAGUUUGUCCACCUAUUCCGACGGCAAAUCUCCCUCCUCCACCUAUGUGGCUGCUCCCAGGCAUUUCCACGUACCAGAGACUAAGGUCAAGAUAGAUAAUAUCUAUAGAAAACCCCCUAUCUACAAGCAGCAUGCCUCUAGAACGUCCUGGCAAGAAGGGGACGACGUCAAGACAAGGACCAGUUGGAUGAUCUUGAAGAGUGAGAUAGACGGCCAACCUCUCCCAGAGGACCUGCUGGACCCCAGGAAGUCCACCUGCAGCCUGCCCACUGACGCCUCCCUGCCCAGCUUCCCCUACAGCAAGUCUGCUUCCCUGCCAGGAUAUGGAAGAAAUGGCAUAUACAAGGAGGUUGCCGACCAUGCUGAGGAUGAGCCAGACCAGCAGGACUCCCACAGCUGGGGAGGAAUGAGAGAGUACAAGGUGUACCCCUAUGAGGUGCUGGCUGUGACUCACAGGGUGAGGGUGAAGCUACCCAGAGAUGUGGACCGUACCAGACUGGAGAGACACCUCACCCCAGGAGACUUCCAGCAUGUGUUCGGGAUGACCCUGGAUCAGUUUGACCGCAUGGCCCUGUGGAAGAAGAACGACAUGAAAAAGAAGGCACGCCUUUUCUAAAGCCGAAGUGACUGUAACAGGGAGAAAAAUAACAUCUCGAGGCUACAACGUCUGUCCAGUCUGGAAGAAAGGAAAUCAGAAAAAAAACCCAUCAGAAAUCAUCUAUAUAUGCACCGCCAUACUACGUUACACCUGCAAAACAUAAUCUCUGCCAGAAUAAGGAAGGGGGAGACAUUUUCACGAUGUCGCCCGUGACCGGCAUCCAACGUUGAGGCAAUGUUUGUCACAUAUAGCUUUUGUAUGCGUUGUGGUCUGAAUGUUAUUUUUAUAACCUUUUUGGGGAGGUGGGGGGAGAUGCAUUUGCAUGGCCCGUGACACCGCUCCUCCUCUUCCCCUCUCCCCGCCUCUAUGUGAGUUCUGCAUCCCCCGCCCCCUUCCUCCGCAAAAAGAGAAAUAGCAGCUUUUCUAAAAUCCUUGUGCAGGCUUUUUUCUCUUUGUCUCUGUUUCUUACUGGUUUAACGUGUGCCUCUUUUACUGUCUUUAUCUGGACUUGGAACAAUAUCUCUCGCUCUUUUUUAAAAUCUGUUUCGUUUUCCCCCUCUUAUCGUUCCUGCUAUCUGUUUUUCUUACCCUCUCUAAGGUCUCUCUCUCUCACUUGAUCUUUCCUUAUCUACCAUGUCUCAUUUAAGGUCUCUCUCUCUCUCUCUCAUCCCCCCCUCUCUCUCUUUCUCUCUCUUUCUCUUACCACCUCACCUCUCCUCUUCUCUCCGUCUUUUUCCAUCUCCUUUUCUUUCUUUCUUUCUUUCUUUCUUUCUUUCUUUCUUUCUUUCUUUCUUUCUUUCUUUCUUUCUCUAUCCUCCCUUUCCCCGCUGUAGCCUGUGCUAGCCUCUAACUCACCACGACUCACAGUCUCAUAUCUGAACAACAGAUGUAUCAUUUUACAGCAGUGGAGGUUAAGAUAGGAAAAGUUUAUCUUCUCCUUUUUUAAGUGGGCAGUUUGUUUGAUAGCCAUGCCAGGAUUUGUUGACAGAGGGCUGUAUCUUACACACGCCACUCGUAAAUCAGUGAAGAUGGGAGUGUUGGGGUUGGAUCGGAGCCAACAGCAUGAAUCAUGGGUAAAAACCGUACCAUAGGCCCCACUGAUACCCAUAGCAGAUGUAUAGAGCAUCAGGUUCUUUCAAGUCAUGUUGUCAAACACUGCCUUGCCAGACACUUUUACGUGAAUCCCUUCCCAUCAAUAACCCUACAUUAUUUUUAUAAGCUAUUUUUUGACUCCUGGAUGGCUGUCAUCCAUUUUGUGGAAGUUUUCAGAUGUGAGAAUCAUGGUGUUAUGACACCUUUAUCAUCUGCUCCCCCCUCAUUGUCCUCACACUAUCUAACACAGGCCUGCAGCAGCACUUGAGCAUAACAAGUUAAGUCUUGCUUAAAUUAAUUAAUAAUGACAUAUUGUGCUAUCUAUCUGUACCUUCUGUGAUAGAGAAUUAACCCUUUUCUAUGUUUGUUGUUUGUAAAUCCUUUUGGCAUCCACUGCCAUAUAUGUAGUGGAAAAACGUAUAUUGGCUUUGCUAAGUCUCCAGAAACUCAAACAAUAAUUCAACCAUAAGUGGUAUACAAUGUACAUGUGGCAUACAGCGUACAUAGAUUUGUCUCAGAGUUUGUUAUGCAAGCCAUGGUAUAUAUUGCCUCUAGGGCAUGCAUGCAUAUGAGAGAUUGUUGAGGUCAUCUACAAUGGAAAUGUAUGAAAAUGUUUGUAAAAACAUUCUCUCUGUGUGCUUGCUUUCUCAAUUUUGAUCAUUUUGGUCCCUCAUUUUGGUUAAUUAUUUUACACACAUUUUGUAACACAACUUUUGUCCAAUGAAAAGCCCAAUUCAGAUGCCUUUGUUUGGUAUGUAUUUAUAGACAUUUUAAAGGGAGGAUGAGGAUGGUAUCUUUAAAAAGAAUGGUUAUAGGGAAGGUGUAUUGGAAAAUAUAUACUCAAUAUAAAUGAAAAACACAGUCAAUCUGAAUAAAUAUUAAAUCAGAGUUUUGCUCCGUCUGUGAGUAGAACGUUAACUGUUGUCAUCAAAGCUCAUGUCUCCUGAUCUCUAACGUCAAUCUGAAAUGAAAGCGCUUUAUCGAAAUCAAAUCAAAUGUAUUUAUAACAGCCAUUUUGCGUCCGUAGAUGUCACAAAGUGGUGAUACAGAAACAAUGGAGUCGGCAACGUAUUAAAGUGCUCGAGUGUGCCUCGUCGAAUGUGAACGCCGAUCGUGUCGCAAAAUGACAUUGUCAAAUCUAAUGUCUGCUUAUACCGAAUGAUCAUUUAUGCAGUUUGGAAGAAUGAUAUGUGUACGGACGUGUGUAAGUUAUGUCAAAUUAUCCUUUUUGGUUUGUGGAUCACUGUUACGACGUCAUUGUAACGUUGAAAGAAGGUUGGUGUAACGUUAUCAAUGGUGAGGAGGGCUUUCCCAGAACAGAGAUCACAAUGGAGGGCUAGUUGGGAAAGACUGUGUUUGUUUUUGUGUUUGAACAGCUGUGGAAACAGUAGUGUAAGCGGAGAGGCAGAAACUAAGGAACGCACAUCCAGGUCUGAGCUCUGAACUUGCCCUUAGGCACACAUAGAUCUGGGAUCAGAUUCCAUUCUCCUAAUCCUAACCUUAACUAUUAGGGAGGAAAUGCUAAAUGUAUCUUAGUUCAGUCAGUGUCUACACUUAGAAAAAAGGCUUCCAAAAGGGUUCUUCGGCUGUCCCCGUAGGAUAACCUUUUUUGGUUCCAGGUAGAACUCAUUUGUCGUUUGGGUUCCAUGUACUCAUCUGAAACCAACAAGGGUUUUUCAAAGGGUUUCUCCUAUGGGGACAGCCAAAGAAUCCUUUUAGGUUCCUGAUAGCAGUGUAGGGCCAAGUGCUUUCUGUUUUGCUCAAGGGUCAGGCCAGAUCAGCAGAGCUCAGAUAGCCCAGAUACACACCAGGCCAGAUUGCACAACCAGAGCCCCGUUCAUCCUCUCUUUAGACAAACAGGCCUCCCACUCAGAGGAAUCAGCUGCGUGUCUCUCUUACAUCAAGGUCAACACAGUGUUGGAUUCACAACUUUAUUUACGCUUUCGAUACAGGAAAUGAGAAGGAGCUGACCAAUAGACGCAAUUGUUUUGCUUCCGAUUGAUUUUGAGACGUAAUAACAUAUCGUCAAUGUGUGCCUUCUGUUUUUGCUUGUUUGAUUGUAAUGGAAGCCAGAUAUUUAUGAAUAUCCUAUGUAUGCAGGUAUAUGUCCAUCGCCCCACCAUAGUCACAGAGACGUGUGUUACCAUGUUUGUUAUCGAAUGUCCGGUGAAAAUAAGUCUGCCUCACUGCAUUAACCCGAAUGUUAUGGAAUGAUUAGUCUUUAUCGAAAAUGUUGUUCCUUUAACCGAAUGGCUGGGCUUAACUCGACGCCGUCUCUGUAGCACACAAUUAGAGUUAUGCUGACAUUGCCGUUAUGCAAUAUGACGCUGUUAAAAUGAAUUUGGUUCUGUCAUAAUCUAUUGUUUUGCACUGUGUAACCAACGGAUACCAUAUGCUGUGAUGUGAUGUAGUUUUAAGGCUCUGUGGAGGAUGACGAGAGGAUGAGAAUAUGGGUUAAUAUUAUUCUAAUGCUGUAACUAAGCCUUUUGUUUAGCUUUUAGCUUUUGUUCUAAUUUGGCUUCUCUGGUUUGCAAGAAAUACCGAGGUCCAUCUUUAAAUAAAUGUUUCAUUCGGUACCGUU